AUGAACACCUCCGCCGAUACCCUUCAACAAACCGCUGAACAGCCCCCUCAAACCUCAAACACAAUGCCCCCAACACUCGACGAGAAUGAGCGACUAUCAAUGCUCCCGACCCAACGCCUAAUGACCGGUUCCUUCGCCGCCGCGGCGUCUGGUUUUCUCCUAGGAACUUUCAAAGGCGGCCAGGAAGCCGGCUACGUCUUCCGGGCUGAGAACGCCCACCGCCUCCCCACGUCGCAGCGCGGUUGGUUUUUCUACCACAAGACCAAGAACUACCAAGCGGCGUACGGCGGCGUGCGGGAGGGGAUCAAGAUGGGGGUCAAGCUGGGGGGUUGGACCGCCGCAUUCUUGUUGGCCGAGCAGGCGGUCGACUCGUUGCGGCCGGAUGAGGGGAAGGAUGCGUUGAGUACUGUGGUGGCUGCGACGGGUACAACUGGUGCUUUUAGUCUUUGGAACCGGUUCCCGGCAGCCACUGCUGCCCGUACGGCGAGACUCGGAAUUGGCAUUGGUAUAUGCUAUGGAUUACUGCAAGAUGCACUCGGCUUAGUACGUGGGCGUAAGAUUGGUUAUAUCGAGGACAUCCGGACUUUGAGGGAGUCGUCAAAGUGGUAG